AUGGGGGGGUGUCCCUUGCACAGACAGCAUGAGGAUCCAUCCCACAACCAGAGCCUGUGUGAGGUCGAGAAGGUGAAGAGGUCGUGGUUGACUUUGGAUCCCCUGAACCAGUGCACCUGCAUCAUAAUGACCACUAAGUCGUGCUCCCUGGGCGUUCUGGGAGGGAAGCAGUCGCUGCUGUCCCGUUCGUCCUGUCAGCGGCUGGUCAGUAAAGAUGGCCGCUGCUCGCUGGGGUCUGGGCCCCUGGGACAAGGAAGCUGGCUCCUGGCUCUGCAGGACAUGUGGGGGCUCAUGUUGGGGCUGCGCUGGAGGUGGGUGGUGCUGGCAUUCUGCCUGUCCUUCCUGUGCCACUGGCUGCUGUUCGCCUGCCUCUGGUACCUCCUGGCUCAUUUCAAUGGAGACCUGGACGUCCCAGACCAUGAGGCCCCUCCAGAGGGACAUGUGGUGUGUGUGAAGUACAUCACUAGUUUCACUGCUGCUUUCUCCUUCUCUCUGGAGACGCAGCUGACCAUAGGAUACGGCACCAUGUACCCCAGCGGAGACUGCCCCAGCGCCAUCGCUCUGUUGGCGGUGCAGAUGCUGCUGGGGCUGAUGCUGGAGGCCUUCAUCACAGGUGCAUUCGUCGCCAAAAUUGCUCGCCCUCAGAAGCGAGCAAAUGCAAUCCAGUUCAGUCCUGAGGCGGUGGUGGGACAGCAUCAAGGCCAGACCUGCCUCAUGAUCCGAGCCACCAACCUGCUCCAGCGCCCUCUGGUGGACGUGAAGCUCAGUGCCGUGCUGUACCAGGACUGUGAGGGCCAGGCUUUGCACCAGACCUCUGUGGACUUCUACAUGGACCAGCUCGGCUCCCAGCCCUGCCCCCUGUUCCUCUUCCCCCUCACAUGGUUCCACCCCCUGGAGCGCCGGAGCCCUCUGUUCCCGGUGCUCUGUGAGAGGUCCACCGCGCACUUCGAGCUGGUGGUGUUUCUGUGGGCGCAGGAGGCCAGUGGGGACAGCUGCCAGAAGAGGACGUCCUAUCUGCGGCAGGAGGUGCAGUUUGACCGGAGGUUUGUGCCAGCGCUGGGCCUGGACGCUCACGGACGCUUCAAAGUCAGCGCUCAGCAUUUCAGCACCGCACACUCCAAAGCCCUGGACAAGGACUGUGUGGUGCAGAUCAACGGGGAUGGGAACGAGCGGACAGAGUAG